CACACGGCCGUUGACAAAACCGCGCGCAGUCUAAUCUGCCGUUUCCAUCCCAAAUUCCCAACCCAGAGAACAUUCCCAACCACCAAAAGCCUCCGCCGCCUCCCUCCAUUUCUUCUCUGCUUCGUCCUCCCAACCGUCGCUGAGCACCCGCUAUUAAUCGCCAAGAAAAGAAGCUCUCCUCCUCUGCCUGCCUCCACCGCCAAGAACCCACCCAGUCGGUGCUGUCCGCCAUGGACCGGUCCAAGUCGUGCGCGGGCGGGCGCAUGCAGAUCGAGCCGUACUACGGCGGCGGCGGCGGCGGCGCGCGGCCGGACUUCCGGUCCUACUCGUACAGCGCCGGCGGCGUCGGAGGCGGGGGGAUGGGGAUGUCGUCGUACUCGUACCAGUACGAGUACGGCGGCGGCGCGGCGGCGGACGGCGGGGACCUGAAGCGGAGCAAGUCGUCGAAGCGGCGGUGGCUGGCGCUGGGGGACCCGGACCUGGAGCGCAAGCGCCGGGUGGCGUCGUACAAGGCCUACGCCGUGGAGGGCAAGGUGAAGGGCUCCUUCCGCAAGAGCUUCAAGUGGAUCAAGGACCGCUACCUCCACCUCGUCUACGGAUGGUCCUGAUGAAGCCAAAGCAGCAGCAACCUCUAGUUUUGGUGGUUGCCUUCUUCGAUUCUCUCUCUCUGUUCAAGUGUUCAUGCUUGCUUGCUUGCUUCGAUCAUGGUGAGUACGAUACGAUCGAGUACAUAUUAGUAACGAACAGUAUACACACACGCUGCUUCGAUUUUCCUUCUCUUUUUUCGGGGGUCUGGUAGAUGGUGUUGUUCUUGAUCGAUGCAUGAUGAUACCAAACAGUCGAGAGUUAUAUAUAUGCCAAAAAGGAAAAAAAAAUUGAUGGAUGAUGUAACCUAAUGAAGGGGAUGUUGUUUAAAAUUGUUCUUGGAUGAAUCCAUCCAUCGAUCGUUUGAUGCUUUCUCAGCUCUUCUAGAUGGGCUGUGUUCAGAUGUAACAAGCUCUUUAAUUUGAUUUGUUCAACUUU